AUGAAGAUAGGUAGAUGCACCCCACUGCAAAGAUCCCACAGGGUAGAAGCAAGGGGAAGCAGAGGUAGGAAAAUUUGGGUCAAGGUCCCACUUGCAAGCACAAAAAGACGUGCAUACAGGUCCAUGCCUAGCUCUCCCCCAGAAUCACCAACACUUCGGCCUGUUGAGGCACCACCUCUUUGGGAAGACAUUCCUGACAAUACUUACGAGCAAGACCAAGGCUCAUUUGAGCCUUUGCAACUCCCAAAAACCAUGGCAAGUUCAUGUAAAAUUCAGAAUGACUACCUCAGGCAAUGGCUGCCAAGGCAGAAAUCAUAUCUGCAUCACCUCCUGGAUCGAGAAGCUCCACCAGAAGAUAGGAGAUGCGUCGUCUGCGACCAGGAUGGGGUCUACAAAUGUCAAGAUUGUCUUGGGGAGCCACUCUAUUGCACUGGCUGUUGCAGAAGUCAACAUCUUUGCAAUCCCUUCCAUUGGAUCAGUCAAUGGAAUGGUCAAUUCUUUGAGCAAAGUUGUCUCGCUCACGUCGGACUCGUCAUACACCUCGGUCAUGAGGGCAAACAAUGUCCGGUACUUACGGAUAGGUGGGACUUGUUCGAAGAAGACGAACCGGAAGACCAGCUUGAGCCUGAAGAUCUACCAUCUGUGUCGGGACCCGAGUUCCAGCCGAAGGAAAACACCAUGGUCAUCAUUGACAAGUCCGGAGUUCAUCGCCUCCGGGUUCGAUGCUGCGAUUGUCCAAAUGCCAUGAGUCCAGACCUUCAAAUGUUUCGACAUGGAUUUUUCCCCGCUUCAUUUAACAAGCCGAAGACUUUAUUCACCUUCAGGGUUCUCGAUGAUUUUCUAUUGGACAACCUUGAAUGUGGGACCUCGGCGAUGAACUAUUACAGCAAGCUCCGGCGAAUGACCUCGAGGAUGUUUCCACACCUUGUACCGGACCGAUACCGAGAGCUCAUGAGAGUCGCCCGACAGUGGAGGCAGUUGAAGACGAUGAAAUGGCAUGGCUUCGGCCAUUGUUCCGACAGCCCGAAUGCAGGAGAUCUCGCAUUAUUUUGCCCGGCAUGUCCUCAGCCUGGGAUUAAUCCAUUUGAUGAAGUUUGGCUGUCAGAUGGGUUGGGAUUCAUGGUGGGAAAGGACAGGUAUAACACGCAUCUUGCAGAGGCUGCCGACACUUUAGAAAAAUCAAGCUGCAACAAUCACCGGGCAGUAAAUCAAGCAAAUGCGGCUCGGCACAAGCUGGAAUCCACGGGUAUCGGGGGAGUAGCCUGUGCGAGACACGGUUGCUUUGUUCCUCACUCGAUGGUAGAUUUUCAGAAAGGCGAAAGACAAAUGAACAUGGACUAUGCCCUUUGUGAGGCUGCCCGGCACAACAUGGAAGGCAUCACCAGGGCGGUCACCUUCUAUGAUAUCAACUGUCAAUACAACAAGCACUUUCGGGUUCGGGUGGAUCGAAGCCGAUUUCUCGAAAUGGUUCCGGAAUUGACCAUCAUUCCCGGAAUCGGGUUGUGGCACAUCCACGGACAUCAGGACAGCUGCUAUGUCCGAUAUGCGUCGAAUUUUAUCGAAGGCAUCGGUCGGAUUGAUGGAGAGAUCAUGGAGACCCUAUGGUCACGUCUCAACCUGAUUUCCCCUGCUGCUCGGGGAAUGUCAUCCCCGCAUCGAAAGGAAUGUCUCGAUUAUCAGAUGAAUGAUUCCAAUUUCUGCAAGAUGAUCCGCAUGAAAAGGACCCUUUGCCGAAAAUACAAGCAGGCGAAGAAUGGCAUUGCCGAAACACCCGGCGAUUCAAAGACAGAGUGGCUAGCCAGCGAGAGGAUCGCUCAGUCCAGCAGAAUAAAUAAUCCUGCGGCUAUGGAUGUAUAUGAGAUUAAUAUCAAGAAGGGUUAG